AUGUCUGUCUCUAUUUGUGUAACCCACCCUCUCAGCCUGAUAAACAAGAGCCUGUGCAUGGGAUUUGAAAGGAAGGUGACCACCACCUCCUGUGAGCUCAGCAUUUUCUUGCAUCCACCUCAGAUAGUCUGUAAAGCAGCUCUCCCACUCACUGCUAUGUCCACACCACUGGAAGAUGCGAUGGACACCUUGAUUAGGAUUUUCCAUCACUACUCCGGUAAAGAAGGAGACAGAUACAAGCUCAGUAAAGGAGAACUCAAGGAGCUCCUCACCAGUGAGCUCACUGACUUCCUUUCAGGUCAAAAGGACCCCUUUCUGGUUGAUAAGAUUAUGAAGGAUCUGGACUCCAAUAAAGACAAUGAAGUGGAUUUUAAUGAAUUUGUCAUUCUAGUUGCUGCUUUGACUGUAGCAUGUAAUGAUUUCUUUGAAGAACAGCUAAAGAAAGAAGAAUUUUAAAAACGCACGAUACAAUCAGCUUCCUGGACACAAAUGUAAUCAAAGCACACCCAGCCCUCAUCCAUGUUUAGAGAGUGCAAACCGUUUCCACCCAGACUGUUACUGCUGUAAAACACUUAUAGAGGCAAUCAGCAGCUGGUAUGACCCGGACCAAAGCCAGUUUACCCUUUGUGAGAUCUAGCUUUUUGUAUUUUCAGUACUUGCGCUACAUGCAUCUGUAACGUGCAUUUAUACCCAGGUCAAGGGCUUGGGGUGACAGAUCAUUUGGCAGGAGCUGAGACUUCUGUUUCUUAAAUGUCAGUGGGAAGUAAAAGGCACAGGAAUGUUACUUCAUAUACUUUCUGAAUCGGAAAACUGGAAAUGUGACCUAAGACUUGCAAUUUAGUUUUCAGACAUUCUAUAACUAUCUUAUUUUUGCAGAUCAAAAAGAGCAGCUUGGUUUUUGCUCAGCUCUGCUCAUUGUAAAGCCCUUUUUAGAUGCUGCUCUGUACCUUCCCACAUUCAUAUUUGAGAUGUGGUCUCAGCUGUCUCCUGCUGCCUGACCAGAUGAUACCUCUUGCCAUUGCUAUGGGUUCAUUUCCCCAGCCUCCCCAGCUUCAAUUUUCUUGUGUUUGCAUUACUGCAUCCUGCAGUCUGCUUCUUCUUUUGGCAUAAAUGAAUUUAUUCAUAUGAUAAUUUAUUCAAAUACUUGGAUGAUUUAGUCAGCAAACUGCUUUGAGGGCUGACAGAAGGACUGGGUCUUCAGGGGAAAUGCGAAUGCCUUCUGCUUUCACUGUCCUGGCACCCUUAAGAGAAGGGCUUUUAGAGAACCACUUGUGGGGCGUUGAAUAAUGAGAUCCCAAGAUACAGCACUGUAAUGUGAAUCAUCUUAUGGAAAAGUGAUUUCAUCUCAUGCUGAUUCAACCCAGUGCAUGGAAGGGAUGCGAAAGGGGCAGGGGGACUCCAUGGCCACAUGUGGGGGUAGUAGGGAAAUCCCUUUCGAUGUUAAUGUGCUCUUUGGUUAAAUUAAGCAUACUUCUACGCUCCUGUUUGAA